AUGUGUCAACACCACGUGUCAUUACCACGUGCCACCACAUAUCACCAACAUUUGUCACCACCACCACCACGUGUCACCACUACAUGUCAACAACACAACCACAACGUGUCAACACCACGUGUCACCACCACGUGUCACCACAUAUCACCACCACAUGCCACUACCACCACGUGUCACCAUCAACACAUGCCACAAACACAUGUCACCUACACAUGUCACCACCACGAGUCACCACCACCACGUGUCACCACAAUCACCACGUGUCACCACCACAUGCCACAACCACCACGUGUCAUCACCACUUGUCACCACCACAACGUGUUACCACCAGCACCACCACCCGUGUCAACACCACCGCGUGUCACCACCACCACAU